UCAAGGUGGGAAGGAGAGCAGGAAUUAAAAACUGCAGCCCAUUCCUGCUGAGGGGCCACCCAGCUCUGUAGCAAUUCCAGCACACAGAAGUUAAAGAACAAAAGAAUGACACCAGCAACUCGACAAAAAGUUCUUGGCCUUUACCGCAAGAUUUUGCAAAUAGCCAAAACCUGGCAGUCAGCAUCAGGACAGCUGGAGGAAACCAUCAAAGAGAAAGAGUACAUUAGAAACGAAGCCAGAACAUUAUUCCGGAAAAACAAAAACGUGAGUGUCCUUCCAGUAACAGAUSCAAARCUGAUUAAGCAGUGCAUAGAAGAAUGUGAGGCAAGAAUAGAAAUUGGACUUCACUACAACAUCCCUUACCCAAGACCUAUCCAUCUGCCUCCUAUGGGCCUUGCCCAUAAACAGGGCCGUACAUUGCGACAGCAGGAAAAGUUAAGGAAGAUUUCUAAGCCAAUAUAUUUGAAAUCCCAUGAUGAAGUUUCAUAACCCACCAUUUAAGCUGUGAUGUGUAAUCACACCCUUGAAGCUGUGAACUGCAACCCAGGUGAUUUGUGUGCACAACUGUGAAUGGUGUGGUCACUUGUUCACACAUUUCCUGAGGCCAAAAACCCAACUGAUCCAUUGUGUAUGACAGAUACAGUUGGGGCAGUAUUUAUUACAUUUCAACCACUGCCUUGGCAAUAAAAGCACCACUUUUUAAGGAGUGAGGUGUGAUACAGAGAUGACUUUGCCAUCAGGACAAACAGGGGUGAUACAGAGAUGACUUUGCCAUCAGGACAAACUCAGCAGCCGGAUUUCAGAGUGUUCAUCUGUAGGGUUCUGUGGUGUUUUGGGAUGCUGUGUGCUCAGCUGUGACUGCAGACAGCCUCGUGKAAGGUCAGCCACAAUCAGGGGAGAGUCAAGCAGAGUUCCUGAGCCCUUCUGGGUGCCAGUGACAAUCCAGUCACUGCAUCAUGUGGCUGCUCCCCUUCCUCUCUGCUCCUGCUCAGCCUGCCAUCCCUGCAGGAGACUUCCAGUGCCCUUCUGGUGCAGUUUUGGUUCUCACCUGACAGUAGCAAAGGGACAGCAGAGGUGCCACUACUCCUUUUUCCUUUUGCAAACUGCAGAGGUGUGGCCUACAGCCUCUAUGUCAGCUUUUUCCCCCUUCCUUUGGACAGGGUGUGGAGUGAAAUGCAAAGUUUGGAAUGCCAUUUCACAACUGUGAGUAAAACAUUCCAGUGUUGGGAUCCUCAGGUUCCCAUGUAUGGACUGGCUGAAACUCUCCCUUCAGGGUAUCACUAUGGGAACAAGCUUAGGAUGCUUUGGUGUCCUCACUGUGAUUUUUCACAUGGUCAGCUUUUCAGCAUGAUCAGCACUCUGGCUUUCUCAACAAUUAUUUUCAUUUUAGUGCUAAGUUUGAACUCUUAUCUUGUGGACAGAACCCCAACUUUAGUAAAAGAAAGUACGUACAAGUCUCCUGAGUUUGAGAAGUAUUUUUAUUUCACAGGUGCCUAAGAAUGGAAGUAAAAUGGAAUUAAUUUUCCUUUCUUGGCUCCCAGUUGUUUUGGCUCCUUUGCAGCUCUCUGACUUUAGCAGGCUGUUGACAUUUUCUCCUCAGGGAAGGAGAAAUCCUUCAGGCUGGAAGUAGCAGUGAGAGCCCAGCUUGGACAAGAGUGACACUAGGCACAGUCCACAGCACUGUAAGGACAACCUAUUCCAGCCUGACAUUAAUAGUGGCAAAAAAAAGCAAAUUUGAAACAAGCACAUCUGUAUGAAUUCCUUUUAAUGUGGGAAAAACCAAUGAAAUCUGAGCUCACCAAAUCAUUCCAAACUCUCCAAACUCUAAUAAACAAUGACAAAGAAAUAUUCUUGUCUCCCUGAAAAGAGAGUUAGAACUUACUUAAAAGUAAGUGCAGAACAGACUGACAGUCCCUCCCCCAAGAAUGCAUUUGUAAGGCUGAAAAAGAACAAGUGGAUGAGAAAGUACAAGAAAACAAUGAGAGUGAAUCAGCAUGACAGGUACUGGCUGGCCCAAUUUCUCACUACCCUUUAUGGCUCCAGUCCACAAAGGUCUCUCUUCCCAUAUAAUUAUUUCCUGGGAAUGCCUCAUGUGGGAAUKAACAGGUAAAAUGCCAUUGUUCUGUCAGUGGAAGGCCUAAACUAUGUAGAACUUUGCAAAUUUGCUGCUCCUUGGAAAACACAAAACUGUUUAGCCUAGGAAAAGGGGGGUUGCAUAAAAAGAAAA